AUGACACUGGCCAUGCCGGCGAAGGAUCUACACCUGGAAACUCAGCUGCAGGCAGCCUCCCGGGAAGCGGAUGUAAUGUGUCUGGUGCUGGUUGGCGCGGCCGCUUGUGGUGUCGUACACGCUUUCAGGGAGACCUUUGAAGUAUACACGCCGUCAUUUGAGGCCAGGGUGAUUUAG